AUGUGGAUAAAAUCUCAUGACAGUGGGUCGGGCGGAGCGCUCUACGAGUAUGACUUGUCACUGUGCGUGCGCAUCCGGAAGUCACCCCAUGCCUCGAGUGACCUGAGUGAGAGGAUUCCACUGCUCUCCACUGCUUCACACGCGACUCCAUCACAAGCAGACCGCGACCUCUACUACGCCAGCGCGGACGGGGACCUGGAGGGAGUGAGGCGGCUCCUGUCUGCAUGUCAUGUCAACAUCAACUGUAGAGUGUGGAGCAUGACACCGGUGAUGGAGGCAGCACGUUGGGGGCACAUACAGGUUGUGAAGCUCCUGGAGUGUAAAGGCGCUGAUGUGUUACUGGUGGGCAAUGGCGGUAACAACACCCUUCACUGGGCCUGUGUGAGUGGAAACUUGGUGACGGUGAAGUUUGUCCUGUCUCUAAACGUGUUGGACAUCAACAGUAGAGGAGUGGGGAGCAGGACACCGGUGAUAUGGGCAGCAGUGAUGGGACACAGUGAAGUGGUGAAGCUCCUUAUGAAUGAAAGAGCUGAUGUGUCAGUGGUGGACGAUGGCGGUGAGAACGUCCUUCACUGGGCCUCUGUGAAAGGAGACGUGGGGAUUGUUCAGUCUCUGAACGUGAAGCACAUCAAUGUCAAGAACAAAAACGGGCGGACAGCGGUUGACAUGGUGAGAUCCAUGGGACAUCAGAGACUGGUGGAUCUCCUGGUGUCCCGCGGCGCUCCGUGA